AUGGCUCCCACCUCACAUCGCCCUCGCAAGAAGAGAAGGGAAGAUCAGGUCUCUGGUCCCCGCAGCAAUGCCUUGAUCGUUACAGAUGCAGAGACAAAGCAGCAGAAGCCAGCUUUCCCCCUGGUAUCUUUCUUACUGCCUGCCAGGGGAACAGUGUCACAAUGGGUGGUGAUGCCGCUCAUCCUCAUGGCUGUAGGACUCUUCAGGUGGGCCACUGGUUUCUGGGGCUAUUCUGGCCUUGACAAACCCCCUAUGCACGGUGACUUUGAGGCACAGCGUCACUGGAUGGAAUUGACCAACCACCUACCUGUCUCACACUGGUACUUUCACGACCUGCAGUGGUGGGGCCUUGACUAUCCUCCAUUGACAGCUUACCACAGUUGGGUUUUGGGUAAAGUGGGCAACUAUAUUAACCCAUCAUGGUUCGCUCUGAAGAGUUCACGUGGGCUCGAUGAUCCUGAUUUGAAGAUCUUCAUGCGUGCUACAGUCAUCGUCUCAGAGUAUCUCAUCCUGGUGCCAGCGGCGGUCAUCUUCACCCGUCACAUGAGCAAGCUGUGCGGCAUUACAACAUGGGAAUCUUCAGUUGCCCUCACUGCCGUACUUAUGCAGCCAGCGACAAUGCUCAUCGAUCACGGACACUUCCAGUAUAACACCGUUAUGCUUGGUUUGAUGCUUGCGUCCAUGUCAAGUAUGCUUGCAGGCCGCCAUCUGUGGAGUUGCGUGUACUUUGUUGCUGCGCUUGGCUUCAAGCAAAUGGCGCUCUUCUAUGCACCGUCUGUGUUCGCUUACCUACUGGGAAUCUGUGUCUUUCCUCGUAUCAACAUCGGUAGGCUGAUGAGCAUAGCUAUCAUCACGAUUGCCUCCUUUGCAGCUCUUUUCUUGCCAUUCCUUCUUGGCAUCGCUUACGAUUCUUGGAAAGGUGUGUUCUUGCCAUUUGAUGCACAAGCUCCUCCGCUUCUGGACAAUCUUCCGAUCCAGAUUUCGACCAAGGCAUGGUACUACCCAUUUGUUUUCCAGCUUGCACAAUCUAUUCACCGUAUCUUCCCUUUCGCGCGCGGACUUUUCGAAGACAAGGUGGCAAAUGUCUGGUGUGCCGUGCAUGCAUCGGGACUGCACAAGCUACAUCGAUACGAUUCGAGUCUUCUGUCGAGGGCAGCACUAGGGCUUACUAGCCUGUCAAUCCUCCCACCAUGCCUGGUUGUGUUCAUCAAGCCGAAGAAGGAGCUUGUGCCAUGGGCACUGGCAACCACAGCAUGGGGCUUCUUCCUUUGCAGCUACCAAGUACACGAAAAGAACGUCUUGCUGCCUUUGUUACCAAUGACGAUGCUCAUGGCUGGACAUGGUGGACUUAGACCGGAUCUGCGAGCGUGGAUUGGAUUUGCUAACACCUUGGCUUGCUGGACCAUGUUCCCUCUACUUAAAAGGGACGAACUCAGAAUUCCUUACUUCGUCUUGACACUUCUCUGGGCAUACCUCAUGGGUCUUCCACCAACAUCGCUUGCGGCGUACAUUGGAGAGCAAGGUGUCUGGUUGUCAUUACCCAUCAAGGCAGUGCACCUUCUGUUCUACGUCGCAAUGAUGGGUUGGCAUGUUGCCGAGGCAUUUGUGCAGGCGCCAGCGAACAUGCCUGAUCUUUGGGUUGUAGGCAAUGUCUGUGUAGGAGCUGCAGGAUUCGGCCUGUGCUAUCUCUGGUGUCUGUGGCACCUCGUAGCAGAAAGUGGAUUGUUGCAAUUUGGCAAGUCACUAGACGACAAGCAGAAGACGCUAUAA